CGCAAGCUAGCAGAUUUUUUCGGUUUGCUGCUCUUGCCAGUUACGUGUUUCUAGUCAGCUGAACUUUUUGCCUUUCCUUGUGUACAUAAACUGCCGCAAACAUGUGUGGGGGGUUUACGUGCUCCAAGAAUGCUCUCACAGCGCUCAACAUCAUGUAUAUUAUCGUGUCGUUCAUUCUUAUCGGAGUUGCGGCGUACGGCCGCGUGUCGAGCAUCGUCACCAACAUCACCAUCUUCGGGGCAGUGAUCGCCUGCGGAGUGUUCCUGUUGCUCCUAUCGCUCGUCGGCCUCAUCGGGGCCGUGAAGCACCACCAAGUGCUCCUCUUCUUCUACAUGGUGAUCCUGUUCCUGCUGUUUGUGGUCCAGUUCAGCGUGGCCUGUGCCUGCCUGGCCAUGACGGAGGACCAGGAGCGGGAGCUGGCUCGCCAGGGCUGGGAGAAGGCCCCCGCCUCGGCCAAGGGUCAGGCGGAGCGCCUUUUCCGCUGCUGCGGCUUCGAGGACAACGUUACCGACCCCGAGCCCUGCCAGGGGGUCCCCACCUGCUGCGACCCGUCGCAAGAGCUGUCGACCGGGGCAUUGGACGAGUGCAAGUGUAGAGGCUGCUGGUCUGCUUUGCACCAGGCAAUCCGCAACGGGCUCAAGAUCACAGGGGGCAUCGGCAUGUUCUUCAGUUUUACAGAGCUUGUAGCCGUGUUCAUAGCGUACCGUUACCGGCGUCAGAGGAACCCCAAGGCGGACCCCUACCUGCUUCUAGGGCUGCACGGGGGCGCCCACGUCACGUGACCUCAGCUGUGGGGCACCGGACUCUGCCCAAACUGCCUCCCUUCGCCACCCUUCUGCCCUGUGUAACCCGUGUGUGUGUGUGUGUGUGUGCUUUCUUCCCCAGCAAAUGCGAAGCUCUUUGACGUGGAGUUUAGUUUGUUUCGACAGUUGCCCUCAGUAUCAUGUCGUUUCCACGAGCCCCUAGUUUUCCUUGAUCACCGAAUUUACGGUCGUUCAAAGGUGCACAAAAGUUGUCGCCUCCACGAGCAGAGUUUGAGUUUGCCGGCACUGUAAAUCCUAGGGUGUGCAAAUAUAUGUAGUAUAUCCUCGGUGACCGGUGCACAAAAAUUGGGGGCACAAACAUAAGGGGCUUUUCAGUAUUUUUGCAGUUGCUGUGACAGACGCAAGUUUCUUUCUUUUUCUUGCUUCUUUUUGGGAGGGGGUGUGGAAGAUACUCUUAAAAAGUGUGAGAGGCCCAAAGAUAUGGGAAGCAAUGCAUUGUAGAGGGCUGUGCUCCAUUCACCCUCCAGCCGACAGUAGGAAGUCGCGACAACUCUGGUAACCAUGCCAAAUACCCUGCCGGCGCCUGCGCGCACGCAUCGGGCAUUGUUGUCGGAAUUAUCGAAAUGGUCUUGCACCACACUCGCCGCCUAUUAUGCGGAGGCCGUAGUUGCACGGUGCAGAGCCAACCGUAGAUAGGUCUGGUUGGCAGCACUUGCACAGCUGUCAGCCUACGGACAAAGGGAGCACUCAAACUUGUUUGUGUGCUCUUGCACUGGGGCCAAGCUCCAUUUGCUAGACGCAUUGUGAAGAGCCUGACUCCCACGUCCGACUCCCAACAUAUGCAGCUUCGAGACCAGUUUUGCUUACUGUUUUGUUUUGUGCCGAUCUCUCAGCCUAACUAAAGCAGGAAAUAGUAGUGGCAGAUCUGCAGUCUUUGGGAAAGUUUGAAUUUCGAAAUCUUGAUUUAAAGGGAUACUUCAACGAAAUUUGAAAUAUUCCCGUCGUGUUCAAAAAUAGGUUGAAUAUGAUCCACAAUAUCCGUAAAUAACAAUCGCAUGUUUGUAUUUUGAGCCUGGUGGCUGUAUUUUUCGUUAUAAAUGCCCCACUUUGGCAAGCACUCAGAGAAAGCCCAGCGAAGACCACGUGACAUCCAACGCAAUCGUGACGUAGGUCGUCUGGGGACGAGCAAAGCUACGGCGAGGCUGACGUCGAGGGGAUGGCCUAGUCGUUCCAGCCACCGAAGCGGCUGCUUUUGUACGAAUUUUGAGUGACUGGUUAAUCUUCUAUAAUCUUGUAGGGGGACAAUAGCGACUUGUGGAACACACAAAAGGGAUUCUCGGGAAAAGGGGAGUUCCUCCUUCCCCUCUUCUCUCGUCGUGGCCGGAGGCGAGACAGUCACCGUCACUAGCUGUCAAGGUUCCUAGACGGGCAUUACAAGCGAGGCGUUAGCGACAUCCACCAGGUGCUCUUUGCUAAUUGUUUAAUUUGUUUUAAAAUUCCUUUUCGAGACUUUUUUAGCAAGAUAUUGGUAUGUUCGAUGUGAUACUGCUCCUCUGAGCACAUAUAGACCAAAAAAUGAGCGCCGAAAUUUCGUUGUAGUAUCCCUUUAAGGGGACUUUGGAAAAUGCCUUUGGGGCAUAAAAGUGGUCUAUUGGUUCAGAAGUAGUGAGCUUCUUUGUGCAUUUGAGUUUUGCAGUAACGUUUUGGAAUGAAGAUCAGCAGCCCUGGAACAUUGCCCACCCUAAAUCCGCACACAAGGCUCAACACAGUUGGCAUGUCCACACGAUUGCCGUUUUUUCCAAUUUUCUCUUAGAAUUGAAAGCACUCGAAAGUGGUGAACGUAAUCAGUAAAUUCCUUGUCUGAUUGAUGUGCUGCAAUCCGUCAAUAUUGUAUUUAUGCUAACUGCAUUGCGCAGUGUACAUUAUAACUUAUAAGGAAAUUACGUCUAAGCAUGAAAUCGACUCAAAAAGACUCGGCAUGUCACGCAGCACGCUCUUUUUUCAGAAAUGUUCUCCAUUAAUAUCGGGCACCCACAGUGUUUGUUCACGCAGUUUAUUGUCCUGUGCCAAACAAACCAAUUGUUUGGUUUAAUGGGCCUCACCAAACUUCGGUCUCGGGGAAAAUAGUAGAUAUAAUUUUGGACAGGAUAAGGCUUUUUAUGUUGAUAUAUUGCCUUUUUUAAACCCUUUUCUUGUGUUCCUUGUGUCAUCAUACAAUGCUGUAUAAAAAAAUAAGUUUUUUUUUUGUAUAUUUAAGAGAUGCACAUUCCGAAGGAAGCUUCUAUUUAUGCAUGCCAUUCAAGAAUACAUAUUUUUUUAUCUUACGUUUAUGAGUAAAUUGUUGCACAACACCAUAGAAGGAUGGUUUUGUUGGCCUUAUUGUUCCAGUCAAGUUAAAACCUCUCACUUUGACACUUUCUGCUGUAGUGCUGCCUGGUUUUGACAUACCAUAACCUUGCUAUCAACCACGCGUUGGGUAAUAACCAGCCCAAGUCGAAAGCGAAGUCUCGGUUCGGGAUUUCACGCAAGAUCUAAUCUGCAUAAUAUGACGCAGUUUAACUGCUUAAUGAGCAGUCUUGAAAAAGUGUGCGAACAGCAACCUUUCCAUUGCCAACACUUCCAAGAAAGCUGCGAGCACGAGGCCCUAGCUUCGGACGUCUUGUUUCUGCUUCAAGUGGUGACACAGCCAAGGCUGUAGCCUUGAAGUGUGUUUCAGCUGCACGUGCAGGGCCUGCCAAGGCUACAGGCAUGCCCCUAAGGCCUUUGGUGUUUCUAAGGUACCCAUACUUGUGUAGUGUCGCUGCCGCGCAAGAACAUAUGCAGCAAAAUCUUUUUUGGGACCUGCCAUCUCGUACUCAAGGCUAUCGCCGACGUGGUGAGCGUAAUACAGUGGUCUAGGCUUUUUACAGCUGUGAAGGUGCAGAGAGAAUGGCACUGUUUUCGUGUAAGGAUGCUGUAUGUGUAAUGUGUGUGGUCGUGUAUGAUCCUACUUAGCCAAUGGAUUAGUAGCAUUUCAAAGGCAAGAGUAAACUGUUCCAACAUCACCUUUACGACAGCAUGCUUGGGUACAUGGGGAGAUAAUACCCGUUGAUCACAUUGCAUAUUGAUAGAUGCAUGGGGGAAUAUCCAGUGUUCAUUGUAAAGAACUGGAUGUCUCUAAGAAAAAGCUUUCGUACUGCAUAAAAAGCUAAUCGUUGCAUACAGCCGGUUACUGCGUAGGAACUGUUUGGUGAUGAUGGUAGCAAUGAGAUGCUAAGGUUUUAGAGCUGUUCCUAGAACCGGACAUACUACAAAAUUAAUUUUAUUAUUGGUAGACUCUGCUUGGCUCCUUGACCAACACUGAACAAUUGGUUUCCAGACGCUCUCGACAGUGUGCUCUUAGAAACAUUUCAAGGCCCAUGUUCCGACCAAUUACAGGCACGGUGCGAGGUUGGCUCCCAGUGUUCAACUUGGGUGUGAACAGUAUUUUUGUCACCUCUGCCGGCAGGAAGACGAGCAGACGCCAGUUUUUAGGCAGUGUUCCAAUAUCCUACAGUUUAUGUCUAUACUCUGUUUUAUGAUAAAGGGGGGAUGCAACAAGUUUGAUACUUUGAGUAAAUACCACUUAGAAUUUAUCGUCGACAUUUGUAACCUAUAAAGCAUGUUUUUUUUUGUUUUGUUUUUUUCCCCAUGCAAUGGCAUUCGCAAAAAUAUUCAAGAAAAACGAGCAGCAUUAACACCUUCCACUCGAAGCCAGAACAAUUCGACCACGUGACCUGGAGCCAAUCAUAUGCCGUCAAUGUCUAUCAGUCGUUGAGUCCAGCUAUUCCCAUCGUCGCAGCGAUUGGGCGCGAGAACGCAUGUCUGGCUUAACCAAUCGGGGACAGAAAAAGGAUCACACCGCAUUCACUGUGCAUUGUUGGUUCAGCCAGCGAUGGCAAAUGCACAGAGACGACAAAGGCCUUUUUGCGACCGCUCUAUUGACUCCGUCGAAAUGUGGCGUUGGCUUUCACUUGAAGUGAAACAGUGUAGUUUAUGUGAGCAGAAUAGGAGAAUUCUGAAAGUUGUCGACCUCUCUUUAAUCGAGUGCAUUUUGGUUUGACCUGAAAUUGUGAGUUGUGUGAACUUGUCCGCCCUACUGUUGUUUGUCUGGCUUCAAAGAAAUGUUUGUAGAAUCUUGUGUGAGCCGUCUGAAGGUUUUGGGGUUUGUAAAUCUAUUUAUUGGUUUGGCACAGCGGCAUUUCCAUUUGCCCAAACGCAUUGGGAAUUGCCGCUUGUAAAGGUAUGUCCAUUGUACAUAAGUUGCAUCAUUUUGGGUUGUAUAUGAAUAAAGAGCUUCGAGACCAA